AUGUCUACUUCGAUAUACAACCCAUCAGAGGCUCCACGCAAAAACUCAACAACGUCCCGUCAUCGUCGCUCAACAAUAUCCUUGCAUUCACCACCUGGUCUCGGUCUCAUCAAAACUAUUUCCAGAGAUCUGGUCACCGGCUGGCACACCCACACCGCUCUACAAAAAGAACCUUGUAGCCCAACACCACCCACCGAUGCAAAAGUCCCCUACAAACCAAAGCAUGCAGCAAGGGAUGCUAUGAGAGGUUUUGCAUCAGCUGCUCCUCACAACCAAGGAUCAGAAGAAGCUGCAAAGAUCUCGACCGAGCGAACACGUCAAGAUUCAGUGGUCCCAACUCCUACAGCAAUCGAUGGUACAGAGCCAUUGGCCUGUGUGGAGCAAGGAUUGAUACCAGAUCAUCGCAAUGAUACUUGGACUGCUGUGUGGGAUACCGCUUACGAACGACGAAAAAACCCUGACGAUUGUGCUUUUCCUUACCAAUUGUACAAAGAGGCUUUGCCCUUGGAUAACAUCGCGGCUGCUCCUGGACCUGGCACUACCGCGCCCCGAACGACACAAAGAAGGAGAAGCUCGAGGAAUUCGCGACCACCACUCUCGUCUAGCUUUACCGUCACUGAUGCUGAGAUUAGAGCUUUUAUCUUUGAGAAUUGUAGGGCUGAGGGAUAUGAAUCUCCUGAGGCGUUUUUGAGGCCGAAAAGUACUAGGAGAGGGAGUGAGGUGCCGAGUUUAGUGCCAAGUCUGGUGACAAGCGAAGGUAGCGGGUUGGAGGAUCUGGAGGAGAAAGAGGAAGAGGGCGAAGCGGUUGAACAAGUUAAGAUGCCAGGAAAACAGGCGGGCAGGGGUGGAGUUUGCAUGCAUUGUUCAAGAUGUGGGGGAUGUGCGAGAACGUAG